CAACCACAACCACAACCACAACCACAACCGCAACCGCAACCACAACCACAACCACAACCGCAACCACACACGGACCGACACAACAUGGCCAGGAAGGGACGAUCCUCCCGGCGCAGGGGCAACCGCGGGGGCGACAGCGACGACGAGGACAACCUCUCGGCGAACGGAGCGGCGGACUACCUCUCCGAGAACCACACCAUCGACGGCCUGCUCAGCAACAGCGGCGACAACACCACCCUCGGAUCGAUCCCCGACGAUUCCUCCUGGGGCAUCCACGACGACGACGACGAGGCCUACCAGAAAAAGGCCGGCGGCGACGGGGACCACCGGCAGUCCCUCGAAGCCAACGAGCAGAGGCUGGCCGACCUUCUGGGAUCCACCGUCCCCGAGUUUGCCUCGGAAAAGCGGUCCUCCAAGCGGGAGGCCGUCCUCAAGGCCUGGUUCCGGGCCCUCACCCUCUACGCCACCCUGCCGCCCUACGACACGGUGGAGGAGUGGCGGGACGAGCUCGUCAAGGCCUGCGGGAGCUACGCCCUCCUCCGGGGCUCCCCGGCGGAACAGUACGCGGGCUGCCGCGUCCUCGAGGCCAUGGCGGUCCUCGUCGGCGACCACGGGCUCUACGAGGCGGUCUCCAAGCGGCUGGUCCGGGUCGUCCAGGCGACCGGCCGGGCCGUCCCGGUCCGGGUCAGCGCCCUGCGGGCCCUCGGGAUGCUCGUCUUUUGCGGCAUCGACGACGAGGUCGUCACCGAGUCGGUCCUGGACCUCUGCGAGGCGGCCCUCGCGGCCGAGUACCGGGGCCAGGCCACGCCACCGGCCCUGAGGGCCUGCGCCUGGCGGGUCUGGACGCUCCUGGCCACCACCGUCCACGAGCUCUACGUUGCCGGGACCGAUCACGAGUCGACCGGCCGGGGACUCCUGCUGCUGCCGGUGGUGGCCGAGUGCCUGGAGCAGGCGGGGGACCACUCGCUGCGGGAGGCCGCCGGCCAGGCCAUGGCCUACAUCCACGACUGCCGGCUCCGGCUCGGCCCGGGGGGAGACGACGGGGAAACGGGCAAGAGCGCCAGCCAGACCAAGUACGAGCUGGGCUCCUGGGAGGGCUCGGAGUGGGAGGACCAGGUGGACGAGAUCGGGCAGACCAUCUACGAGCUGGCCCACGCCAGCGGCCACCACGUCUCCAAGAAGGGCAAGAAGGAGCAGCGGAAGGUCUUCCGGGACUACCUCGGGAUGCUCCACGACAACGAGACCCCGGAGGUGGUCGUCCAGUUCCGCGGGGGGAGCCUCGAGCUCUCGACCUUUGGCGAGAUCUGCGCCCUGGAGUUUGUCCGGCGGUGCCUCCAGGGCGGCUUCCAGGUGCAGCUCCUGACCAACCCCACCCUCCAGGCGGUCUUUGGGUGCGACGGGACCGCCCUCGGCUCUUCCGGGGGGGGCUACAGCCAGCUCGAGAAGCGCCUCCUCCUCUCCAAGACGAGCGAGGCCUCCAAGAUCAAGGACCUGGACCGCCACAAGGGACGGAAGAAACGGCAGAACGUCAAGAACCACUUUCUGACGGCCGACGGAGACGACAUCUGAACGAACCAACUGCAAGAGACGGCACGAGCGGAAAGAUGGCGAGAAAGGGAGCUGCAGAGCGCAAACCCUUCCGCGCCCCUUCUCCCGUUUCGAUCCGCUCGCCGCCACUCCCUGGUCGGGCAAUGUGCCGGACGCCCGGAGGAGCGACACGCUGCGCGGCGUUAGUGCCACGGAACAAGACGGGAUUCCAGCAAGAACGAGCCAUCCCGGCAACGGCACGGCACGGCUCGACGGCACGAACCAAACGAGUUGGAGGACGGAGCCGGUCGCUGCAGCUAUGGAAGGCGCACGCCAUUCGGUGUGUUGCCUUGCGCCGCUGUCGCUUCGCGACUGGCGUGGUAAAAGGCAUCGUUCGCGCACAGGAACACGAGAUAAUUCCACUAAAGAAUCCAGAGUUUCCGAAUUUCGUUCGGUUUGCAUCCUUGCCGUGCUUUAGGCUCGUACCGUAGCGAUCAUCACAAAACUACAAGCAGUAGGUGCCAAAAGCAGCACUGGCCCGGGAGGAAAUGGGUGGUUGUCGCCGACGGCAACAUCACUGAUUUCACC